UCUCUUUAGUUGUUUCGUCAGAGGUCUGGACCGAUCAUUGUUUAUUCUGCUCCUUUGCUAGCGGCCAAGGCGCCCGUACAUCUAGGAUGAGGCUUCUCCACACGACAAAGUUGAAGAUAGAGGAAUUCAUUGGGCGCAGGAGCGAUGCAGUUCUAGUCCGCGAGGGACGUGAUGCAGUACCCGAAUAUACUGUCCCUCGUUAUGCAAUUCUGUCUCAUACGUGGGAGGAGGAGGAAGUUUCCUUUCAAGACUGGCAAGGCAGAAUGGAUUCGACCAAGAGAAAGAAAGGCUAUGCCAAGAUUCUAAAAAGUUGUGAACGCGCCCGCCAGGAUGGCUAUGACUGGAUCUGGAUCGACACUUGUUGCAUCGACAAGACCAGCUCGGCAGAGCUGUCCGAGGCCAUCAACUCCAUGUUUCAGUGGUACCGAGACUCGGAUGUCUGCUACGUCUAUCUCUCAGACGCCACCGGGACACAGCCAGUCUACAUAGAAGACGACUGGCCUUCAGCCGUCUCACGGUGGUACUCACGAGGCUGGACAUUACAGGAAGUUAUCGCGCCUGCGCAAGUACGUUUCUUGAGGAGAGAUUGGACCGACGUGGGAAGCAAAGAGGAUCACCUCGAUGCCAUUUCAACAAUAACGGGUAUAGAUAUCUAUGCCCUCAAAGGGGGAGACCUUUCGCGGAUGAGCGUUGCCAGGCGGUUCAAGUGGCUGGCCAGAAGAGAAACCACCCGGAUCGAGGACAUGGCUUACUGCAUGCUCGGAAUCUUUGACAUCAACAUGCCGCUACUUUACGGCGAAGGUACAAAAGCUUUCAUCCGGCUUCAAGAAGAAAUCAUCAAUACAACCGAGGACCAGUCCAUCUUCGCUUGGGCAGGAUCCAAGCCUAAAGUUCAUAACAAGAAUAUCUGGAAAGACUUUGACCUGAUUUUAUCCGGUUAUGGCAUUAUAGCUGAGUCUCCGAGUCAGUUCGAGAGGUCUGCUUCAGUGGCCAUGUUUGCUCGGCCUCAGCCAUCGCGGCCGCACACUGUCGUCACCAGACACGGCACCAGAGUACACUUGCUAAUGGGUCAGAGUGUAUCAAAUGAUGAUUUUAUGGCUGUGUUGGAUUGCCAAAUCGGCAGUACACCUGGUGUCUUUGCCGGCAUCGAUUUGAGAAGAAUCGCCAAGAAUAGGUUCAUCCGCCUGAACCAUACCCAUAUAUUUCGCUUCGCCCGCUGUGGUUUGAACGGAGAGGUUCUGAUUGAAGGAUUUGACCCAACGGAAGAACAAAAAGAGCUCGUUGAACUCGACUCUCCAGGCAUCUCCUACAAAGACUGGAAGUUGAAGGAGGUUUACAUCGCCCAAUCCAACUUGAUUCCACUUCCACCGGGAUUCUGGGUGCUACCCUCGGAACAAGGAAUGUCAAUCGAGAGUGUCUAUCCCCCUGAGAUCUGGGACACAGCGGCCAAUAUCCUGCAGCCGCCAGUGGCGCGGGCCAAAAUUGGGGCCGUCGGCCUCCGAGUGAGAACUAUGUCGAUCGCGCUCGUUCUUGGAUAUUACAGUAAUUCUUGGUAUAUUGAUCAGCCAUGGUGCAAGCUGUGUAGUUAUAGCGGGGAAGACAGGCUGUCAGAUGUGUUCGCCGCAUGCGAGGUUCCGUCACAAGAGAGGUCUACUAUACACCAGAGUAGAAAGGACUAUUCCAAACUGGCUGGGCUCAAAGUCUCGGUAAGGAGAUCGUAUGUUUCUUCAGUUCCGAUGAACAUUGUUCAAUUCCAUGUUAAAUAA